GGCAUAAGAUUAGCAUAUCCAAGUAUACGGUACGAGGAAGUCACUGAUGUUUUCCCCCUACGUGCGCUGACGGUCUUCACGUUUGUGUACAUUCACGUCACUCAUUUCAACACGAAGCUAAAUGCUAGGCUAAUUGUGCUAGCUAGAAGAAAGUGAAUGGUGUUGUGGCGCAGGUAGAACUUUCGUGCCCACGGAGCUUAUAUUUUAAACCGCGGAUAGUCCUGGCCCGACCGUACGAGGAAGUUUCCAUUCUCUCGUAUCUGUCUGUGAUGUACGGAUGGGUAGUUGACGGACUAUCGUCGCUCUUCGAGCCUAAAACCGGGCAAAAACAUUCCGGUUGGCCUGGUUUGAACGUUGGCGGGGAGAUAGACUCGCAACGGCGGGAUAGCAACGCCAGGCCGACCAAAAGGAACUACCAGAGGUCGGUGACUGGCUUGGUGCUAGCACAUGUUCUGUCUUUGGUGCUAGUGUGCUCUGUGUAGUUGUUUAUGCAACGCGUCAGUUAGCUAGCUGGCAAACGCUAGCCAGUCAACUAGCUAACAACUAACGUGUCACUCCUAGCUAGCUAGCUAAUUCUUAGUCAUUCAUUCCAGUUGGUGUUAGCUGCUUGCUUCAAAAAUAAACAAGGCUAGGUAACUUUUUCCUCGUGCCUCUUACCAGACGUUAGCUAACUAUUUCCUAAUCAAAUAGCAAGGUACUGUAGAAAUGAAUCAAUAUAACAAACUAACUGUAGCUAACUUGCGAACAAAUGUAACUUUACUACCUGGUUAGUUACUGUUAGGUAAUUAAUGUUCGUUGUUGUUGACUAAACGUGUUUACAUUCUGUUACAGCGUUCAUGUUUCAGAAAAUGUUAGCCAGAGUGAACCAGUGGCGAUCAAGAGACAGAGAAGAGGUAUGGUAACUUAUUACCAAUCAUUUUUAGCCACUGUUCUUAUCAGUAAUUGUCAUUGUAACUAACGUUAGCUAACUAGUCAGCUUUGAACUUGAACUGACUGUGUGUACUGUACUCUCUCUCAUUGUCAUAGACAUAAUUGUUAGUUUUGUGAAGAAGACUGUAGCAGGGGUGGCUGGACUGCUGAGACUGAGGAACCCACUGUCUCCUGCCAGUGAGAAGAACAGAAGGUACACAACAAGCCAGGUAUGAAUGUGUACCAGUGAUGAAUUCUAGUACCGUACACAACACAUUCAUAAACCACUGCUCUGACUGAGAGACCCAUACCAGUACACAAACAUUAAAAUGUUUGUGCAAUAGCUGCACAAUAUUCACAUCUGACUAUGUCCUAAAUCACUCCUAUUAUGACAAAUGUAGGGCCCCGUGGGACUGAUGGGAAUAGAUGAACUCCACACCUCAUGGAUGAGCAGCUCUGAUUGGAAAAUGGGUGAGUAACGAGGGCUCUGAUUGUUUGAUCGAUAAGGAAGGAGGACAGCUGUGUUGUACAUUACAACAUCAUGGUAUAUAAUAUCUGUGUAACAGCAGAGGGGACAGGUGAAGUAGUUACUUCAACUUUUUUGUCCCUCUUUCCAUAUCUCCAGAGAAACCGACAGUAGGCGGACGGAGUGAGAGGGAGAGAGGGGGGCUGGGCCUCCUCCACGGAGCCUCUCCUCCUCUGGUGAGGAAACACACGUAGGUCUCCUCUUCUGUUGUCUACUGCAUACUUUCAGUUCUGGGGAUUUAAUACAAAGGUUAUACAAAUGUGGAAUGUUCCUCCUGUAAACUUUGUGUCCUCAGUGGCUCGGUGCUGGGUCCAGGGAACCCAGACAGAGGAAGAGACGGAGACAAGCCCCAGAGGCGCUCCCUCCAGCUGCUGCCCAGUCGGCCUACCCUGGGGGUGGGUGUUGGGACAGGAACCCCCAGCUCAGAACUACCCCUGCCCGCCCCUAACCGCAGCCACAGACAGUGCUUGGCAGUGGAGGAGGUGAGUUAAGAAUGAGUUUGAAAUUAAAAUCAACCCUGUGAUUGAUCCUGGUUUUUAUUAAAUGCCACGCCAGGUAUGUCAGUAGUAGUCAGGUGUUCUGUGUGUUCUGUUUCCAGGCUCUGAAGGAGAGUGAUAAGGAGCACUACAGACGGCUACUGGAGAUGGUGUCAGAGAAAUACAGCAAGAGCCAGCCACUGCCCUUCACCCGCACCAAACCCCAGGGGUGAGUGGUGAUGGAGAGUCUGUGGUUAUAAUUUAAAUUCCAGUGGUUCUGUUAGCUAGCUUUUACGAACCUCUGUUUUCCUCGCUUCCUCACAGCGCAACACUCACACAGAAUGGACAUAGGGCGGCCAUUUUGGGAAGAACCUAUGAGUCUGUGACCCCAAAGACAGGACCCCUCAGAGGUAGACUACUAUCACAGCCUCUCUCACCCCCCUUCUCAUGUAUUGGAUGCUGUUGACCUAGGCUAAUGUAUUCUCCUUCUCCUAUCUGCAGCCAACCCCAGUGUGUAUAUGUGGAGAGAUGUAUCCUCAGCCAAACAGACUAGAGACAGGAGAGGAGAGUUAUGUCUCAGUAAGCCUCUCAGCGCAGCUGUGGACACACAACCUGCCAUCAAUGCAACGGUAGGACACAUUUAUGAACUGUAGUAAGUGUGCAAUGAAUAGUCAUAAAACUGCUAUGAAGCGUCAUAAGGUUGUUAUAAAGUCUUUCUCCCUCCAGCAGAAGCAGCCAGAGCUGGAUCUCUCUGCAGAGGUAGCAGCAAGACUCAACCUGGUGGACAGAGAGACACCAACACACACUGACAGACGCAACAGCACUGAGGAGCUCCCCAGGUUCACCAAGGUGAGUGUUAUUUUUGCCUAUAACGCUAUGUCUGUGUAGUGUAAGAGAUCUAGGCGUUGACAUAUGAGUGUAGGUAUUAUAUGGGUCUGUUUUCAUUGUUUAUUUCGAACUGUGUGUGUAGGAGAUGGCUGUGGAGGUGAGUCGUGCCCUGUCCCAUAGGGAUCCUAACCUGGUCCUGAGCUCAGCCUUCAAGCUAUGCAUCACACAGAGAGACCUGGCUUCACUACAGGAGGGGAGCUGGCUCAACGAUGAGGUGUGUAUGGUUGUUGGCUGUUAAGUUUGAGGUUGUUGGUGUGUGAGUUAGUGAGGGAGUGUGUGCCUGCGUGAGAGAGUGAAAGAUGUGUGUGAGUUUAACAAAAAACUUUCCCUCUCUGUCUCUCUCUCUCUCUCUCAGGUGAUUAACUUCUACCUGUCCCUAGUGAUGGCUCGUAGCAGUAGUGAAGGGCGAGGGCUGAAGGUCUACUCCUUCAGUACUUUCUUCUUCCCCAAACUACACGGUGGAGGGGGGCACGCCGCCGUGAAGCGAUGGACCAAAGCUGUGGACCUCUUCCAGUAUGACGUCAUCCUGGUUCCGCUGCACCUGGGAGUCCACUGGUCACUGGCUGUAAAUCGCCCCAGAUUGACGGGGCUUCAUUCACAUUAGAACAGUGACCACCAACCAGUCGAUCGACUGGUCAAUCUCCAAGGCAUUCCUAGUCGAUCACCAAACAUUGCUGUAAAAAAACAAACGAUAAAGCCUUACGGUUAAAUAUAUAUUAUUUUAGUUUAGGCUGUUGGUGGUAGGUGCACUUAAUUCGGCAGCCCUAGCGCUAGGAAGGCUAAGUGUUCCCAUUUUGAGCCAUUUAAUGUGUCUUAAGGUAGAACUCUGCCUACCCGGCAGGCCCAGAGAGCAAAUCAAGUGCACCUAUAGGUUCUCUCUAAGCUGCACGCUGAAAUAUCGGCAUGCGCAGAAAAGCACGAGAUUGAACUUCACUCUACUUUCUAGAGUUAACACUAUCAACGUUUCCCUUUACUGUAGAAAUUGUGAUCGAAUCAAUGCAGUACUAGCCACUUUCAAUGCAACAUACCGAAACAAAACAAACUAUGCAAGACUUAUUAGUAUGCAAAACUAACUCUGCAAGUGUGAUUUUGUUGUAGGCAAAAUGCGUCAUAGUAGGAUUCUAUUGCAUUGACACGCACGACUCAGCCCAUACUCUACACAGACUGUUGUGGCAUAACCAAUCAGCGCUGCAGUAGGCCUAUAUGCAAAUAGACCAUUGCCAUAUAUGGAUCUGUGCCAUUCACUUUGAACUGGACUGUGUUUACUGCAUGAGAGGUCGUGAGUAGAUGCGCUUGUUUUGGAACUGAGCGAGAGCUGCAUGUAACCACGUGUGCACAUUUGUUCAUAUCCUUUGCUAGUUAGUGAGUUAUUAGCUCAGUUAUAGAUCAUUUGUAGUCAGCAAUGGGGGAGUGAUUUGCUUCCUACAAGAGCACAAAACGUGCUUUGUAAAAGCUAGUCGAGUAAAGAGCUUUUUGUGGCAAUGUUGUAUUCUGCCUACUUCCACUCACGGUACAACCAGCACUGCAGCUGCAAUGAAUGAGUAUAGCAAAGUGUUCCGAUAAGCUUACGUUAUUAUUAGCGACUUGUCUUUUUUUAAUAUCAAGGAAUAUUUCACUUUCUCUGGUCAUAGGAGUAACAACAUGAUUUUGUGCACAAGGCAGAAAUAAUGCAGUGCGACUUGAGUUUUGCCAUCAGCUGGAAGUCCCCUUUUCUCAGCGGAGGGACGGUGAGUCGGGUGAGAGGCAGCCUCACCGCUGCUCCUUCCCUCCACUCAGACUGACCAUCAGAUGCAGGCCAUCAGUCCAUUAAAAAAAAGUUAGUUAUUCUCACUCACUGUGCCUCACGUAAUGUAACACAUGAUCUAUUACCAGUGUGAUCAUAUACCUGACAUGUUUAAAUAUGGCUUGGCAGGGUCGUAUUUCGGAGGACGCGUGGUUCUCGACCUCCGCCUCUCCCGUGUCCGUGGGGGAGUUGCAGCGAUGAGACAAGACUGUAACUACCAAUUGGAUAUCAUGAAAUUGGGAAGAACAAAAUAGUAAAAUUAAAUAAAAACAUGUUUAAAUACAAUUGAAAAGUCUUCUGAGAAGGACAUUGGCAGGGCAAUUCAAGCAUAGCCAAUAUGCAGUGAUAAUAUAUUGGGCCUAUAGCCUACUGCACAACCCUCAUUGCUACAGAACUGUUUUUAAGUGGUUCGUGUUGCAUAGGCUUAUGUUUUUUAAGUUAUGUUUUUAAAAGAAUCUGAGCGGUAGAUCUCGGCUUGCAUUUUGACUCAAAGUGAUCUUGACUCAAAGGUUGGUGACCACUGUUUUAGAAAGUCUACUGGUACUUCUCUGUGGUCAUUUGUAGAUACCUGUGGACUUAGUUUAUUUCUCUCUGCCACUCCCUCUCUAGGUGAUAAACUUUAACUCCAGGACCGUGAGGUCCUAUGACUCUAUGGGACAGAGACAUGAUGACAUCUGCAGCCUCUUACUGUGAGUCCUCAGUCCCCUCCCAGUAAUCAUUUGGUUUGACAAAAGUACCUGUAAUCUGAUGACCAUAUUUUUUUGUCAUUUCGUUCUGUAAUCCUGUUACAUGUAUUUGGUUGGUCCAACCCUGUCCAGGCUGUACCUGAGUGAGGAGCACAAGGCCAGGAAGGACCAAGAUCUGGACGUGUGCAAGUGGACAGUGGGCAGCUUGAGGGCCAGCGUAAAUUACCCAGACAGAAAUACAGAUGAAUCAUCUUUGUUGUUAUUUUAUCUUGAACUCAUACAGAGUGCGCUUAUGGCUGUCAGAAAUAGCAUCCGUUCUCUAGUGAAAUGAUUUUGACCAGGAUCCCUCAUGGUGUCUUCUUGCUUUGUGUGUGUGUGUGUGUGUGUGUGUGUGUGUGUGUGUGUGUGUGUGUGUGUGUGUGUGUGUGUGUGUGUGUGUGUGUGUGUAGGAGAUCCCUCAGCAGAAGAAUGGCAGCGACUGUGGAGUGUUUGCCUGUAAAUAUGCCGACUACAUCGCCCAGGGGCGGCCUCUCAACUUCCGACAGGUACAUAGGCCUUCGCAGGCUAUCAUACUCACUCGGGGUAAACUCUUACAAUCUCGCUUUUUCACUCAAACACUGAUGUCUCUCACUCACUAUCUCUCCUCAGUGUCACAUGUCCCUGUUCAGGAAGCUGAUGAUCUGGGAGAUUCUCAACCAGAGGCUUCUGUAGGACUACACAAAAAUAAAUGACAGCUACGCAACUGCAAAACAACCAUUACAACAGAAGUGAUAACAAGCAACUACAACAGUCACGACUACUACACAGCCUCCAAACUACAACAUGAAGGACAACUACAGCGAACAGCUAGAAGCACAAAAGCAAUAAAAAAGAUGACUUAAAGGACCAAUGCUAUGGACCACAGAAUGACCUCUUACCCUCUGGCAGUGGGUAGAAGUGCAGUCCUUAUAGUGAAGACAGGGUGGGUGCUCUCCGAAGCAUAGACGUUACAAAGGGAUGGUUUUGAAUUGAAGUGCCUUGGACUACAGAGGGAGUCUGUCUUUC